CCGGGCCACGUUAGUUCAUCCAGUCUAGUAUCUGUAAGCUGAAUGAUACUGAUGGAUUUACUUGAAAACAGAAACGGACAACGAUAGAGGUCUUGUUAAUAAAGUUCCGACUGCCUGAUCAUGGCUUUGACUAUAUCAGAUAUGGUAGAGACUUUAAAGAAUGCUAUGCAAGACCUUCAACUGACACAGAACCGCAUAAAAGAGAAAACAAAUGCUAAACACUUAAAAACUGGAUUCAGUAGUGAGAUAAAACCACUUCAAGGAAUCGAGGAGCAUUUAGCAAAUUUUGAAAACAUUACGUGUAGAGAUUCUACUCAGCUGCAAGCAAUACUAGAAACAACAGAAAAGUUAUCUGAGAAAUUGGAUAUACUUUCUACUGCCUUAAAAAAUAGAACAAGAAAUGUAGAAUCAACCGAAUUGAAUAAACAAAAAUUGCAACCUGAUACAUAUUCAACCCAGAAAGAACCAAAUCAAACAGAACAGAAAACUGUCACAUCAUCCUGUGAGCAAAAUGUUAAAGAAAUACACGACAAAAAACAGGAGAGUUGUUCAAAGUUCCAGAAAGAUGUAGUACCAGAACCAGUAACAGACAAGUAUUGCCGAAGUCAAAUAGAAGAUAAAGUCAGUAACGUAGACAAUUUGAAAGACGAAAAGCAGCAGAAACCAAAAAUCAGACAAUUAGUAAACGGUUUCAAACAUUACAGAACCAAUCAAGACCUUGACAAUAGAAUGUGUUAUAAGAGAAAGAAACCCUGCUUUCAAGGUGAAAUAUUAAAUCCACCGAUUGCAACAACCGCACUCCAGAGUGAAAAGGAACCUUCACCAAACAUAACGAUAAAUUAUGUGAAUGAAAGGAGUCCUAAUCAUACAUACGAUAGAUCAUAUGAAAAACAGAGGGAAAGAAAAGCAUUGGCUCAGAAUGCUCAAAGAGAUUUUGACAAAGGACAGCAAGUUCAUUCAUAUGAUGAAUGGGUCGCAAUCGCAGGGCAGGCACGAAGUAAAGUCCGUAUGGAAUUGGCGUUAAGUAAUAGCAAUAGGAGUGCCAAAGGACAUAACUAUAUAUUACUGUUGGACACAUCAGAGAGUAUGCAAGGAGAGAAAUUUAAGACAAUGAUAAAAACUGCAACUAAAUUCAUCGAUGGUCUGCAUCAGGUCAGUUUAAGAUACGGUAUACGAGAUAACGUUGGACUAUCUCAUUUUGGAAAAGACACUGAAUUAAUCAUGCAUCCUAUACCAGAGUAUGAUUAUAUCAAAAGAGAAAUAGCCAAGUUGAGACCUUGUGGGCCAUCUCCUCUAGCAGCCGGUCUGUUGAUGGCAGUGUCCGGAAUUCACAGCUGUGGUUCCACUACCCUCGAGAACAAUGAGUUCCUACCUAACAUUAUUGUGAUAACGGAUGGAAUGCCAACUCGCGUAGAAGCUCUUUAUGAAGAGAACAGAGAAAGUAUUGGAAUAGUGGAAGAGUCUUUUGUAUCAGAUUUAUUGACUUCGAUAAAUGCAGCGCGUGAAAUGACACACAGUGUUAAACUUUGUGAACAUGUAGGAACAAAAAUAUUUUGUGUACCAAUAGGAGGUGCUAACACUGAUAUUUUGAGAACGAUGGUUAAAACGACUUUUGGCAAGUUGAUACCACCAGAACAGAUACAACGUCUUGCACAAAAUACACAAGUCCUGCUCCAAUCGUCAAUUAUAGCAAACCAAUUAGAGGCAACUUCUGAGAUUAAUAGAUCCGCUGUAAAAACAGCUGUUCGUUCAGCUAGUUCACCUAGUCUGCAGGAAUUAGACGCGUAUGAUGAUAUCACGGACAAUGUUCUGUUGCUAUUGGAUCCUGUAACGCAAUAUCAUGGUCGGUUCAAACAACCAAACUGUCAAGCUGUACAGUUAGGAACACGUGUUCGACGAGGACCACAUUGGCAAUGGCAAAAUCAAGAUUCCGAAAUGGCUGGUACUGUUAUUGGUCAAGAUAAACGUGGGAAGAUACGUGUCGAAUGGGACAGUGGAAACGAGAAUAUUUAUAGAUAUGAUGAAACUGAUGAAUGUUACGACAUUCAACCAGUAAAUGAACCCAGGCAACUAGAAAAUGAGUUAAUUGUUGUUGGGUGCAGAGUUAAAAGAGGUAAAGAUUGGAAGUACGGUGAACAAGAUGGCGGAAGAGGUAGUCGAGGUACUGUCCUAUGUGUUGAACAAAACGGGAAAGUUGUGGUUCACUGGGAUCGAAGAAGACUUGGGACAUACAAUUUUGCAUGUGAUGGUCUGUUUGAAGUAGCAAUUUGCGAUGAUGGUCGUAUGAUUGGUUCGCCAGACUCGAUAAACGAUGAAGAGAAUAGUAGUCAAGACAUGAAAUCCGAUUUAUCCCUUAUACUACCUACUCAUACCAACAAAAUGAAGCCAGUUAAAUCUACCUGGAAGUAUCGAGAUGCUAGUGGUAACUGGCAGUCUUAUGAUGAAGAAACUAAUGUCAAGAUAGAACGUGCUUACAUCAGAAAACCAACUGGUAAAUGCAUUGUGGAAAUAAACAAAACAGUGCAUCUUUUAAGGUUUUUAAAAAUGAUUCAAGAAAACCAAACAGACCAAAGCUCAGUUCCUGUUCAGCGUUUAGAUAAAGCAAGCGAUCUUAUGGCUACAGAGGCGAAACAGUUGGAGGACACCCAAGUUUGACAAUAUGAAAUAUGACUAAAUGAAUCUAGCAUGCAGCAUUUCAAAUUUACAUCAUGUCAUAAUAAUUAUAGUGUAUUUUAUAUAAAAUAUA